CUCCAUAUAGCAGCAAUGGCCGAGGAGGUUUGUGCUAAAUUUAUACUACUCCAUUUUUUUUUCUUUCUUUUCUGUGGCUGUUAUACCUCUCUCUCUCUCUCUCUUGAUGAAAAUUAAGGAUAUAUAUAUGUAUAUAUAGUUAUGUGUUUUGGUUUGAUGCAUAUAUAUGGCACCCUAAUUUUAAUUUGCUCAUAAUUAAUCCUUUUUCUGAAAUUAAAUUCCUUGUCUAAUAAUGAUGCUGCAUGGCAUAUAUAUAUAUAUAUAUAUACACACUUUUGCAGGUGACAACAAUGGUGCUGAAUGUAGUGGAUCUACAGUGCUCAAAAUGCUACAAAAAGAUCAAAAAACUUCUCUGCAAAUUUCCUGAAAUACGAGAUCAGGAGUAUGAUGAGAAGGCAAACAAGGUGACAAUUAAGGUGGUGAGCUGCUCGCCGGAGAAGAUGAGGGACAAGUUAUGCUGCAAGGGUUGUGGAUGCAUCAAGAGCAUUGAGAUCAAAGAGCCGACUCCGCCUCCGCCUCCGCCUCCUCCUCCGACUCCGCCUAAGGAAAAGCAUGUGGAAGUAUCUGUAGAUCUGCAAGUCCAGGGGUUUUGUUAUUGUAAAUGCUGUAGCGGAUGGCCUUGGGCCCUAUGUUACUGUGGCUGUCAUGUCCAAUGCGUUGUUAAGACAAGUGACAACAAUGGUGCUGAAUGUAGUGGACCUACAGUGCUCAAAAUGCUACAAAAAGAUCAAGAAACUUCUCUGCAAAUUUCCUGGCGUUUUGUUAUUGUAAAUGCUGUAGCGGAUGGCCUUGGGGCCCAUGUUACUGUGGCGGGCAAGUCCAAUGCGUUCUGUGUUAUGGGAGACCCGUUUGCGACGGCUGGAGCGGUUGUGGAGAAACUCAACCAGGCUGCUCAAUCAUGUAAAUACUAAUAAUAAGACUCUGUUUGGUAUCCAGCCAAGUUAAAUCCAAUAAUAAAUAACUGUUGUUUCA